AUGGCGCGCAGAGUGCAUCUAGGUGUCUUAUGUCGACAGAUGUGCUCGCCGCCCGCCGCCCGCCGAGCAGCCCUCCGACCUGCACCGAGCUGCGAGGAUGAACAACAGCUAACCUCGCAGGCUUCCCGGACCGUUGUUUUCCGCGCCCUCCGCGCUUCGUCCUCGCGACCGCUCGCGCGCUCGGCCCGCAUGCUCUCCACGACCCGCGUCGUCCGUGACGAGGCUGCUGCCCCCGCCGCCGAGGUCUCGCCCAAGAUCUCGAGCAUUGUCGACUCGGUUGAGAAGCUCACGCUUCUCGAGGUCUCGGAGCUCGUUUCGGCUCUCAAGACCCGCCUGAACAUCACCGAGAUUGCCGUCCCCGCCGCUGCCGCCGCCCCCGCUGCCGGAGCCGCUGCCGCUGCCGCCGAGGCCCCCGCCGAGGAGGAGGCGCCCAAGGAGAAGACCAUCUUCACGCUCAAGCUCGAGAAGAUUGACGCCGCCGCCAAGGCCAAGAUCAUCCGCGAGGUCAAGGCUAUCAUGCCCAACAUGAAUCUGGUUGAGGCCAAGAAGUUUGUCGAGUCGGUCCCCCAGACGCUCAAGGAGAACGUGCCCAAGGAGGAGGCCGAGAAGCUGCAGAAGAAGCUGCAGGAGCUCGGCGCGACUGUUUCCAUGGCUUAA